AUAUCAGUUAUCACAUCAGUAUUAAGACAGGAGAUGUUCCAGGGGCCAGCUCAGAUUCGAAGGUUUUGAUCAAGCUGUACGGUGAGAAAGCAGACACCAAAAAGGAACUUCUGCUGGUUUCUGAUAACGACUUAGGAAAUUACUUUGAACGUAGCCGGAUAGAUAUCUUUACUCUGGAUACAAUGGACAUUGGCAAGACUUCCACGGGGCCAUGCAGGGUGAUCAACUACGAGGUCUGCACUGUUACUGGAGAUGUGCGGAAUGCAGGCACCAACGCCAAAGUCUUCCUGCAGGUUUACGGCGAGCUGGCUAAUUCAACGACAUUCACAGUCAGAGUGAAAACAGGAGACAAGAAAAAUGCCGGGACGGACUCCAAUGUCUUUAUCAUCCUUUACGGAUCCAAAGAUGACACAGAUCAUUCCGAAGGGUGGUUUUUAGACUGGGUUGAGGUGGACGCUUCGUGCCUCGGACUUUGCCUGAAAUUUCCUUGCGGUCGUUGGCUGGAUAAAUCUGAAGAUGACGGAGCGAUUGAAAGGGUCUUGUUUCCUGCAGAACUUCAAACGGUGACUUAUACUCCAUUUGUUCCCUACGAAAUUACUGUCUACACCAGUGACGUUUUCGGAGCAGGUACCGACGCUGACGUCUUCAUCGUUCUGUAUGGGGCGGACGGCGUUUCCACGCAACAGAAACCCCUGUGCCAAAGCAAGAGGGAACAAAGGCUCUUCUUCAAGAGGAAUUCUAUCAAUCAGUUCAUUGUGGAGCUGGAAGAUGUUGGCGACAUCCUUGAAAAGAUCCGCAUUGGGCAUGACGGCUCAGGUAUCAAUUCAGGCUGGCACCUUGACCAGGUAGACAUACGGAGGCUUUUGCCAAAUGGAAAG